AGAUACGCAUCUGUGGGUAACAAUACCUUAUAUAUAUAUAUAUAUAUAUAAGGCUAUAUAUAUAUAUAUAUAGUUUUUUGUGCGUAUGGAACAUUUCUGGGAUAUUUUAUUUCAGCACAUGAAACAUGGGACCAACACUUUACAUGUAGUAUUUAUAUUUUUGUUCGGUGUAGUUGUUUACCCAUUACUCAGGACAAUCUGAAAUCCCAUUGGCUAUUUAUUCAUAUUCUAUAUUCAGAUAUUUAAAUAUUUCUACUGUUACAUUGUUCAGCUUUAGAGUGCAUUCUCAGUGUGGUGCUUCAGUUAGUUUUGAGACUAGUAACCCUUAGCGUUUUCUAUUGAUUUACUUAUUUUUAACUGAAGGGAAUACAUUUAUUCCUUUUAAAUUCAGGCUGUAUGCGUAUUCUGUAUUUUAUUUUACUUAAUCAUUAUUAUUUUUGGAGGUCAGUAUUUUUUUGAUUCACUUAAUUGAAAGUCAAAGAAGGCUGAUAAAACAACAUUUGAUUCAUUUCAGUAGCGGCUACAAUAUGAUACAGCAUUAGGUGGCAAUGUUGGAUGUUCGAACCAACAUAUAACGUGUGUGUAACCAACAUUUUAUUUUGAAAAGCCAACCCUUGUUCUAAAAAAAGAUCUAGGAAGUAGCGUAACAAAAACAAACGAGAUGUGUAUGAUGUAUACGGUAUAUGGUGUGAACUGUGUAGUCUGAUGACUUUGACUGAAUACUUAAAUGCAAAUUACUUUAACAUAAGUGUUUAACAUAAGGGACAUGUACGAUACUGUCGCCUUUCAUGCUCAGCUAGCCUCCCUCAUUGAGGUUUUGGCAAAUGCAGCCGUUGCCGAAAUCUGCAAACUUGUAGAUGACGGCCAUGCUGCCUUACGGUUGGAAAUUUCCCAUAAUCAGAAAGAAAUCGAUAACCUGCGGAGGAAGCUGCUUUUAACAAAAUUCCAGAAUUCUCGACGGAGCGCAGAGAGAUUUGGAGCCCUGCGACGCACAGUUCACAGGCGCGUGGACGGCGGUCAUAUUGGUCGGGGAAGAGGGAGCUUCGUAGGAAAGUCAACAGUGGAAAAUCGUCUUGCCAACAGUGAAGGAGGCAACUUUAUGCAGGAUGUCACCAACUGGAGAGACGCAGGACUCACAGGGAUAGACCAGGAUGGGGGCAUGCAGAUGGCAGACAUGCAAGAGGCACCUCUUAUCAAAAUGGAGAACUUUCACACCAGCAGAACAGAAGAGAUUGUCCAACUGGUCAGUGAGAGCAGUGAGAAGAUCAUUGUGGCAGAACCAGGUUCUUCGUCGUCUACUGAAACCACAGACCUUCUGGACCAGCAGGGCAACAGACACAGAGCUCCAGACACCUCACUCGAUAUAGAACCUGAAAACCAGACCUUCCAGCAUCCAGCAUCACAAUACAACAGAGCAAGACAGGACCAUCAGGUUGCUGAGGGUGUGACCUGGGAAACUGACCAUCACCCCAUAGAAUACAGCCUGUCCCAAUGGACAGAGAACCAAGAGACUGACAACCGAACUGUGAAUGCUCCUCACAAUUCCGGGCCAGACUCCAAGAGGCUGUCUGGACAUCCAGAGAGGAGAGGGGUGUCUGGUAACUCUGGGGUCUGCAUGUCUGCUUCAGGCUCUCUGGACUGGCUGCCUGAUGUGGUGAUGGUGGACUCAGUUCCCAUUAAAGUGGAGGCAGAUAUGAGUUCAGAAUGGAGCAUAACUGGCCAAGAGGCGACAUCUGGAGAGGUCUGUUCAGACGGCAGGCAGCUUGUGGACAACAGAGGAAAAGGGGGAAUGGAGUUUGGACAGACAAAGUGUCCCCCUGACACUCAACAUGCAGAGCAAGGGACAACUGUAGGAUCAAGGUCCAAGAUGUCAGAUUUCAAUGGACUGUCCACCCUAAACAGCUUUUCAUCCCCAAGGGUUACUCUCCACCAGGUUCCCCAAAGAGGGAAGCUAGCCCACUUCCCAAAUUUCAACAGAGGCUCCACUUCUUCACCGAAAGGCAUAGAAAAGCAGCCACAACAGCUGACGUCUCACUCCACCCAGAGGCAGCUCCGGUGCAGCCUCUGUGGAAAGCCCUUCCACCAGCCGGCUCACCUGCGGAGUCACAUGCGGGUCCAUACGGGGGAGAAACCGUACGGCUGCAGCCACUGCACCAAGCGCUUCUCCCACAGCCACCAGCUGAAGAUGCAUGAGAGGGUGCACACCGGAGAGAAACCGUUUCAAUGUGUCUACUGCGGGAAGUGCUUCACCCAGUCCGGCCACAUGAAGAAGCACCUCCUCGUACACACUGGUGGCAGGCUACAAGAUGUUGUGCUGCCCUAAGUGGAGUUUUUCUUCACCACGUGACCAGACCAGGGAAAAACUGGUCUUCCCCCAUAGUUCCUGUUCCCAUGUGUCUAGUUCCUCUUCCACCCUAGUUGUAAGGGGAAUGGCGCCACACUACUGGGGUUUUCAUAUGAACACUGGGUCCAUGUGUUUUUAACAGUUUGGAUAGUUACCACAUUGAACGCUUCCCUCUGUGUGUAGUGGUUGUGUUUUCAGUUCAACUGGCUUGAUGCUUGGUCCAGAGUGGACUGCUAAUGUAUAUUAUUAAAGCUGGAGAUCUUAAACAUUACAUUUUAGUCAGUUAGCAGAAGCUCUUAUCCAUAGCAACUUAAGUGCAAUAAGGGUUAAGUGCUUUGCUCAAGGCACAUCAACAGAUUUUUCAGCUUGGUUGGCUUUGCGAUUUGAACCUGCAACUUUUCGGUUACUGGCUCAACGUUCUUAACCGCUAGGCUACCUACUGCUAGGCUACCUACUGCUAGGCUACAUCCUUAUGAAUUUGUUACCAAUUGUAUUCAUAUCAAACAGUAGUUAAGUGUUCAGGAAGCACUGGACAGGUGCCUAGGCGAGCGAGGUCUGUUGGUGGUCGAGAGCUCGUUGCUCGUUUAUGUUUUUACUUGGACGAACAGAGCCGGGGAGGAGGAGGAGGAAGGCGCAGGGUUCCCGCAUGCCAGCACACUCCUGGGGCUGGAAAUGGACCUGGCGACCCAGCAGUUGCAGGGAGAGAGAGUGCUGGCUGGAAUGGUAGGCUGUCAAUGGUUGUGAUACAGGGUUUAAUAUGGUUGGAUUUGUAGAGAGUAAAAUCAAGCCAUAUUGAUACCCUUCUACCCUUCCCCAUCAUAUUCUGCCUAGGAAAACCCUUCUCUAUUUACAGUUGCAAUGAGUUUGAGUCCCAGAAUUAGAAUGAAUAGAAUUAGAACCCAUUCAAUUAGAAUUCUCUGGUUUAUUCCUUUCCAUUCUGACUGUUUUGAGUAGGCUAGACAGGUUAGGAUGUGCACCAGCAUUGUAGACCCAAGCUACUCAAUCACCUCUCAUUUAUUCCCAGAAUCCCCAGAGGUACCAUGGUCUGGGGAAACUUCAUCUCCUGGAGCUUCUUCUGGAGUCACUGGUGUGGAUCUUCCAGAAUGUGUUGCGUGUGGACGGGAAGAGAGGCUACUGGAACCUGUCUCUGGUCUGCAGAACCUUACACACCAUCUUGACAAAUUAAAAAAAUUAGGACAUACUCCACAGGGAAGAGAUCUGAACCUGAACCCCAGUCGUUACUGAAAGGAGAAGCCAGUACAUUGUGGUUACAGGUUACAGUGAAUGACGACAUGAACCAUUAUAUGCUCACUACAUGCUUGCUGCGCUACUUACACCCAUAUUACCAAUGUUAUUAUUACAAAUGUUUAUUUUUAUUUACAAUGUUGUAAUUUAUUGUAAAAACAAAAGGCAAUGUUUAGCUAUUACUCAGGACAAUACGAAAUCCCAUUAUCUAUUUAUCCAUUCUAUAUCCAGAUAUUUAAAUCUUUCUACUGUUACAUUGUUCAGUGUUAGAGUGCGUUCUCAGUGUGGUGCGUCAGUUAGUUUUGAGACUACUAACCCUUAGCCUACUAUUCAAUUGACUUUAAAUUGAAGGAAUGUAUUUAUUCCCCUUAAAUUCAGGUUGUAUGCUGAUUCUGUAUUUUUCUACUUGAUCCAAAUAGUAAAAUAAUCAUAUUUGGAGGACAAAGUGUUUGUUUUAAUUCACUUAAUUGAAAGUCAAAAGGCUGAUUUUUUUGUAACAUUUGAUUCCUUUCAGUCGCUACAAUAUGAUACAGCAGCAGGUAGCAAUGUUGGAACUAACAUAAGUUGUGUGUGUAACCAAUCUUUAUUUUGAAAUCUCACCUUUUAUUUUGAAAAAAUGAUCCACUAAGACAUUUUUGUUUCCGGAACAAAAAUAAACAAAAAAGAGAACCUGCGAGAAGCUAGCCACAAUAAUGGUUAGCCACAAUAGUGGAAUUUACUGGUUGUCUUCAAAAUAAAAGCUCCCAAUUGACUGACUUCGAA